AUGAAGCCAUCCUCCAUCCUGGCCCUACCGGCCGGCCUGAUUGGACUGAUAUAUGCUCAACACGUCGACGAUGCGCAUACAUAUUCGGAACAACUCCACCUCCAACCCCUCCCCGGCGGAGCGCUCUACGCUGGCUUCAACUUCACGGCCACGACUCCCCUGACAGCAUAUGAACGACAACAUUUCCGCUUCUUCCCGCGAUCCCUCGGACAAAUCCUUCAAUUCACCCACACGGCCGAAUUACACCUCCGAUUUGCGGCGGGUAGAUGGGAUGCCGACAGUUGGGGCAGUCGACCGCGACAGGGAAGUCGCGAGGGAGGGACGGGAGUGGAAUUGUGGGGAUGGAUUGAAGGGGAAGAUGAUUCGCAAGCGAUGGAGAGAUGGUCGGCGUUGGUCAACAGUCUGAGUGGCUUGUUCUGUGCUUCCCUCAACUUUAUCGAUUCCACCCGCACCAUCAGCCCGUUGUUGGCCUUUGAUCGGGAGGGAUUUGUAUCCCCCUCGACGACACCUCUCCACCUCAUGCAUGGAAUGUUGCCGCAUGAGGUGGUGUGUACGGAGAAUCUCACGCCUUUCUUGAAAUUGUUGCCAUGUAAAGGCAAGGCGGGAUUGUCGACGCUGUUGGAUGGACACAAGGUGUUUGAUGCCAAUUGGCAAGCCAUGGCCGUACAUGUCAAGACCGUUUGUCCACCUGAGGGAGAGGUGGGAGAAUGUGCACUCCAAAUGGAUCAAACGCUCGACAUGGUCCUCGACAUUGACCGCAGCAUGCGUCCCAAACAUGAUCCCAUCCCCCGUCCUCCUCCUGUGGAGGAAAUGUCCUGCGAUGAUAGCAAAUCCUACCAUUCCCACGAUACAUGCCAUCCUCGUCAUCGAGAGGGAGAGAUGGAAUGGUCCAUCAGCCGCGUCUUUGGUCGGCCCAUCCACGGAUCCUGCGAUCUAUCAUCCUCUCAACAGGAAUCCGCUCACAUCUUCCUCGACGUGCCCGAUGACCGAGUGAUUCAAGUUUCCACCCAGGAAUUCACCAACGGAACCGACCGAGAAUACCACCUCACCGACGCCCGCCACUUCCGUCUCGGCCAAUCUCUAGACAUCCACCUCCCCCAACAACUCCUCCCUCCCACCCCACCAUCCCCAUCCCUCCUAGACAUUUCCCGUCAAAUCACCGGCUACGGCCAAGAACGCGGGGGAAUGCACACCCUCAUCACCAAUCCCCACCCCCACCCUCUCCGAAUCAUCUACCUGGAAUCCCUCCCCUGGUUCCUCCGUCCCUACAUGCACACCCUUCGCGUCUCAGGCGCCACCAUCGAAACCAUGUUCUACACCCCAGCCAUCGACCGAAAAAAAGGCACCCACCUCGAACUCCUCCUCUCCCUCCCCGCCCACACCACCAUCUCUCUCACGUAUGAUUUCGAAAAGGCCGUCCUGAGAUAUACCGAGUACCCGCCCGAUGCCAAUCGCGGCUUCGAUGUUCCACCCGCCAUCAUCCGCGUCUUGAAGGAUGAUACUCAUGGGAUGGAGGGAGGKUAUAUGCGGACCACGAGUCUUUUACUCCCCUUACCUACGCCCGAUUUCAGUAUGCCGUAUAAUGUCAUUAUUUUGACUAGUACGGUCAUUGCGUUGGGGUUUGGGAGUAUUUUUAAUUUGUUGGUUAGGAGGUUUGUGCUUGGGGAUGAGGUUCCGGGGAGUGUGCUUGGGGGGGUUGUGGGGAGGUUGAGGGGGUUGGUUUUGGGGAUUACGAAGAGGGGUGGGAGUGGAGGGGAGGGUGGGAAGGGAGGUUAG